AAGGAGACCAAAUCAAAUAAGCAUACGUCUUGGCCAAAAGACCAGAGGCUGCAGAGAGAACAAGUCUCUGAGCGAAAAGUUAUAGUUUUUGGUUGUGACCAAGCACCAAAAAAAUAAUGGGGAGAAGCCCUUGUUGUGCAAAGGAGGGCUUGAACAGAGGUGCUUGGACUGCCCAUGAAGACAAAGUUCUCACUCAAUACAUCAAGCUCCAUGGUGAAGGCAGAUGGAGAAACCUUCCCAAGAAAGCAGCAGGUUUGAAAAGAUGUGGGAAGAGCUGCAGGCUUAGGUGGUUGAAUUAUCUGAGGCCAGACAUUAAGAGAGGCAACAUAUCUCCAGAUGAAGAAGAGCUUAUCAUUAGGCUUCACAAGCUUCUGGGGAACAGAUGGUCUCUAAUAGCUGGUAGGCUUCCAGGGCGAACAGACAAUGAAAUAAAGAACUACUGGAAUACAAAUUUAGGUAAAAAAGUUCCUGACCGACAACAACAAAGAUCUGCUUCAAAUCUCAAGCACCACAAAAAUGGUGAACCAAAUUCCAAGAAAGCAAAAAGUAUGGACAUGGCAUCACCAUCAUCCCUUGUUUACCGUACCAAAGCUGUUAAGUGUACCCAAGUUUUCAUCAACCCACAGCCACACAAAGUCCUACUUGGUCAUGAUCAUCAACACUGCACUGAAGAAACAAACACAGUACUAAUGUUUGAUGGCAAGCCAGCAGCUAUGGAUGAUGACCACAUUAAUCGGACACUUUCGUUUUCUUCAUUCUCUAAUAUCAAUGCUGAUCAAGAAAAUUCAACCUCGGAUUUUUUGGUGGAUUUUGACAUGAACGAGAUUAGCAUAGCCAGUCUUCUGAAUUCGGAUUUCCCUGAAAUUAAUCGCGAUUACUUGAAUCAUAAUAACAGUGACACUAUCACGUCACAUUUUGUAGAUGAAACCGCUCAAUUUUUUUCAGAGGAAAUGCUGCAACAUUGGAAUAAUGGUGGUAGCGAUGAUGGUGAUAAUCAAGUUCAAGUUCAGCCAAAUUUGGCUCUCAAUUUCCAUUCCUUCACUUCUUUUCUGGGUUCUGAUCAUCAAGGGGAAGAAUGGCUUGGAGUUGGAGAGAGUAGUUGAAUAAUAUUUCCUUAUUAUAUCAAUAUAUUUAACUGUGCCACUUAUGUAUUUUUCUCGUGUUCCGUACUUGAAAAGAAAACCUAACCAUUUAAGUUGUACUAAAUAAUUGUAGGAGGACCCUUAAUUAUAUAAAUAAGAAUCGAAUAAUAUAUUGAUGGUGUCAUCUUGUCUC